AUGUGCAAUGGUUUAUUUAUUGACAAAAGUGUCGAUGAGUCGUGGACCUUUUUACAUGAAGUUGCCGAGAAAACUCAGCAAUGGGAGUCUGUUAGAGAACCUAGGAAGUCGACCAACAGGGGUAGUGUUCAUAAGAUAGAGUCUGACUUUGAUGGUAAUGCGAAAAUUGCAUCUUUAGCUAGGAGAGUUGAGGCUUUAGAACUGGAGAAAAAAUUGUCUAGCAUUGAAGAAAGUGUCGGUCUAUUGACCCAAAAUCUUUUGAAAAAUCAGAAGACCACUGACCAACGUUUUACAAGUCUAGAACUUAAGAUAGGUCAGAUCUGUGAUGCGCUUAAUGACAGGGAAAAGGGUAAGUUUCCAAGUCAUCCUGAACAAAACCCAAAAGGCACAUUUCAGGCAGGUACGUCUUCUUGUAAUGAGACUGCACAUGCUGUUACUACUCUUCGUAGUGGUAAAGUAGUCGAUAACAAUGUAAGCAUGCCUGAAAAGAGUGAGUCGGAGUCAGACUCAUCAUUGCAUACAAUGCCACAGAAAACAUCCAUUGUAGAAAAUGAAUCUGAGCAUGUUUGUAAAUCUAAAAAUUCUACUGAUGUUAAUGUUUCUUUGCCAACUAAUGUUCUUGUUGCUCCAUUUCCUCAAAGGUUGGUGCAGCAGAAGAAAGGCACCCAUUACAAUGAGAUGUUCAAAAGAGUCAACAUCAACAUCCCAUUUCUUGAGGCAAUUAAGCAAAUCCCUACAUAUGCUAAAUUCCUCAAGGAUUUGUGUACACAAAAGCGCAAGCGUAAUGUGCACAAACGUGCCUUUCUAGUUGAGCAGAUACUCAGCCUGUGCAGAACCCAGACUGUCACAUUCCUGUCAUUUUAGGACGUCCCUUCUUGGCGACGUCCAACGCAAUCAUUAACUGCCGUAAUGGAGUGCUGAAAUCGUCGUUUGGUAACAUGACUGUGGAGUUGGAUGUUUUUAAUGCUAGCCAGCAACAUUUAUAUCUUGAUGAUAAUGAUGAUGUGCAUGAAAUCAACAUGAUUGAAAGUUUGGUUCAGGAAUUACAAGUAUAUUAAAAAGAAAUUGUAA